UCCCACGUUUCCCAUUCUCUCGCCAAUUGCUUCUGUAACGCCAUGCGCAGAGCCCACGCGCCAACCUUGACCCCAGCCGGAAGUACCCUCAAUGGUCUGCUCGUGCAUCAAUGAGUGCUCGGGUUGGGUUUUGACCGGCUUUCUGGCGCGAUCACCUGUUCCCAUACUCCUCUCAUACAACCUGCUCACCUGCUUUUUAUCCAAUCAGAGUAUAUGUGGGGAAUAACGCGUUUAUACCAUUAUGGCCACCAACGGGGAUCUACCACCCCUGUGGGACGAAUCGAGACAACUCGGCCAAUUGUUCAUGAUGGGGUUUGAUGGCACUUCGGUCACUGAGCAAGUGAGGACUCUCAUUGAGAAGUAUCACGUAGGCUCGAUUCUUCUCAAGGCUCAAAACCUCAAAUGUGCUGCCCCUGCAUUCCCAUGCUACGUGCUUGCUCUGCUCAUCGUGUGACCAUCGACUAACGUUGAUAAUGCAACAGCUGCCGAGCAGGCAACCCAGCUUACUGUUGAACUGCAAACUAUUGCUCGUCGAGCUGGUCAUACUGUCCCACUCCUCAUCGCAUUGGAUCAAGAGAAUGGCGGCGUCAACAGUCUAUACGAUGAAGUGUAUAUCCGCCAAUUUCCCAGCGCCAUGGCCGUCGCUGCUACAGGCUCCAAGAAGUUGGCGAGAGAGAUAGCAAGGGCUACAGCACAGGAGUUAAAUUCGUGCGGCAUUAACUGGGUUCUCGGUCCGGUGCUUGAUGUCUUGACUAACGCCAGAAACCAGCCUCUUGGUGUCCGAUCAACAGGCGACGACCCUCAUGAAGUCUCUGCUUUUGGAGUCGAAUCCAUUCGCGGAUAUCAGGAAGGCGGAGUUGCAACGUGCGGGAAGCAUUUUCCUUCCUACGGCAACCUCGAAUUCUUUGGCGUUCCAGAGGAUGUGCCCACUAUAACCGAGUCACUCGAAAAUCUGAGCCAAAGUGCUCUUGUCCCGUUUCGCACUGCGAUUGCCCAAGGCAUUGAUUCGAUGAUGGUAGGUGGUGUUGCAAUGGCCACCUCACAGGUCAAUGUAAUGCAUGCCUGUCUCUCUGAACAAAUUGUCCGGGAUCUUCUCCGUCACGAAAUGCGCUUCGAAGGAGUCGUCGUGUCAGAAUGCCUGGAAAUGGAAGCUCUGAGCCGCAAUAUCGGCAUCAGUGGCGGGACCGUCAUGGCGUUCAAGGCAGGAUGCGACUUGAUCCUGACGUGCAGGAGUAUGUCGGUCCAGGAAGAUGCCAUGAACGGCCUGAAAGCUGGCUUGGACAACGGCAUGAUCGAAAGGUACCGUGUGCAGGAAUCUGUCCAAAGAAUUCUCAACAUGAAGGCGAAAUAUACGUCAUGGGAGAAAGCAUUCUCUCCUCCUGGAAUUGAGAACCUCGCCCGACUGCAGCCUCUUCAUACCAGUCUUUCAACGACGGCCUACAACAAGUCCAUCACGGUAGUAAGAGACCAGAAGCAUUAUCUGCCGUUGUCCAGAGUGGUCAAAGCCGAUGAAGAGCUUCUCCUUUUGACGCCUUUGGUCAAACCAUUACCCGCGUCGGCGUUGUUUCAUCAAAUGCAACAUGACAUGACAUCAAUUCCACACCUCGGGCGUAGUCCAAGUGUCGACGCCAAUACCUCAGUCAUGAGUGGGGAGCAAGUGUUUCGAGAACUCGGUCGGUCACUAGCAAGGUAUCGGAAUGGGAAGAUAUCUCAUACCUCAUACACUGCAAAUGGAGUCAGACCUCUGCACGAGAAUCUGCUGAGUCGCGCACAAGGCGUCGUGGUGGUCACGGCUGAUGCAGGUCGAAACAUGUACCAGAAUGCGUUUGCUAAACACAUUUCAAUGCUGUGCAAAUUAGCCGUUGGGGCAGACGGAACUCGAAAGGAGAAGCCCUGCGUUGUUGUUGCAGUCAGCUCGCCCUUUGACUUCGCGGCAGAUGCUUCCAUCGGGACCUACAUAUGCACUUAUGAUUUCACCGAAACCGCGCUCCGAGCCCUGGUUCAAGUGCUGUACGGUGAGCUCAGUCCGACAGGUGUACUGCCGGGAUCUUUCAGUCAAAGGCCUCAAACCAGUCACACCCGGCAGCAAUGGCUCGUGGAAGCUUUCAGCGAAGAGCGAGACUCGGCUGCACUAGAUGUUUUGCUAGUGCAGUGUCAGAAAGAACAAUCAGUGCAUGCAGUCACACUCAAAAAUACACGUACCGGCAAUUUCAUCCUGCGAGAUCCAGAGGUCGAAGAAGCACACUUUGUGGUCCGCAACAGCAGCACCAAAGAAUUGUUCGGGUUCUGCGCAACAUACUACUUCAAGAGCAGCGGUGUAGGACAUAUCGGAGCCAUCAUCGUGGACCCCACUCGCCGCCGACUGUCCAUCGGCCAUUCGUUGCAUGACAGAGCUGUCAGAGCUCUGCUUCAGAAAAAGGGCAUUACGAAAUUCCAGUUAGGCGUGAGAUUUCCAAAUGUAUAUUUGGGCGUUCCAAAGCUCGACCCUGGCGAAUACAAGAAGCUCCGCCAAUGGUUUGCAAAGUUGGGCUGGAAUACGUCGCUUUCGACCUCUGUCGCCACUAUGAUGAUACGCGAUCUAGCCAUGUGGUCAGUUCCAGAUGGUCUCGGACAAAAACUGGCCAAUCCUGAUGUCAAAUUCGAUCUUGUCUACGGCAGCGAGUACAUGGACGUUAUGAUGGAACACCUCAAGCGGUGUGCCCGAACCGACCUCCAAGGAAUCUACCAGCUAGCGAUGAGCAACAAGGAAGGUUGUGGCAUUAUUCGAGCAAAACGAACCAGUGAUCAGUCAGUCCUCGGGUCCAUACUCGUCUGCCGAGCGGAGUCGAAGAUAGCCAAGUUCAUUCCGUCGCUCUACAAACAAGCCGGAAUGGCAUGUAUAUCGUCUCCGGUGAUUUCGACUUUGCACGGCGACAGAAAAUCCCUCUUCCAAGGCCUCGUUCUGUUAGGCAUAAAGCAGUUCAAGAAGCAAGGACUGCGAUGUGUACUCCUUGAUUAUAUUCGAGAAGACGUCACGGCAGACAGUCUCAAGGCUUUGGGCUUCACCAUCACGAACAGCUUUGAAGAGAUUUCCAGUGACCCGAUACAUUGGACAAUGAUGUCGGGAACGUGAUCAACAGCCUGCAUCACAUUACGUUGACACCACCCAGCCUCUCCAUGCCUUCCCGCAUCGGAUUUCUUUGCCGGUACAAAAGUACAAAAUGAGUCAAGUUCAUCGGCGCCGGACGACGCCGGCUAGAAGAUGUCGCCACAAUUACUAUCUUGAUUCUGAGUAAUCAAUCAUGACUGAAACUGCGCGCAAAUCUUGCCAUCACGGUGUUGCCAGAGCUGCGCGGGCGACUUUCAAGACCUGGGAAGGAAGACGUUGGAGAAUGACGAUCCCGUCCGAGCUUCUUCCUCGUUCAUACUGUCCGCAGACGGCCAUACAUCGGUCCGCGACCUGGCUGGCCACUAGGCACGUUUUGAGAUAUCUAUAUCCAAAUGUCUGUCAAGGCAUCGAUAGAUUGAAGAGAUAGCCCGGUGCGCAUUGACAUACGGGUCCAAAUGGACCGAACCGAUCGUCCUCGCGCACCGAGCAGGCAAAGCUGAGAGGGCAAUCGACCAUUGGGGCUAGGGGAUGAAGUCCAAUAAUUGGUGGACUUGAAACGGUUUAGUUCAAUAACAUGAGAGGCUAACUCGCUUGAGGGAAACGGAUGCACGGAGGAAACCUUGUUUGGAAAAUCGAGCGAGGAUUCCGAACAGCGCUUGUGUCGCCUGGUGGCCAUUGCGUUUUUGCCUCGCUAGCUCAGAUGAUCGGAAUAUUUGAUCUUGAGCUGCAAAGACGUGAAAGACGCUCUGCUAAGCACCCAAGGGUUCAGCGGAAUGUCGGAGCUAACGGACUGUUAUCGUUGUCUCACUCCACAACGACGAGACGAGGUGGGCUGAUAGCGAGCAUCAAUGGGGACUGGUUCCAGAGGCUAUCUGUCAAGACAUGGAUCUGACCGCCACAAACGCAUCUGGUACCUGGAUGGCGUCGUCUGGUGAGCUUGAGCGAUUCACAAACUCGACGCAUCUCCUUUUCCAAGGUGUUUCCCCGGGCGACAAUGACCAGGGGAACGACACACCGCUCGAUGACACCAAGAAUUUUCUUUGUGAGAUGCACUCCGGGCAGAGAUGAUCACGACAUGAGGGCAUGAUGAUGUAGUCUCUCGUGCUCUUGUCUGGGGGCCGGUAGACAUUGCAGACGACCUUACCGCAGUGGGCAAGCGCAUGCGUUCCAAGCUAUAAUUAUGCAUGUCA